AAAUCAGUUGCUUCUAAACCAUCGGACAAGUCACGAGUUCAUUGACUAAUUUCCCAUUUCGAGUUCGUUCAAAAUUUACAAGUUCCCAAAUAUAUUGCACACCGCGAUAUGUCUUCCUUUUGGCAAUUAAACUACCAGCAAUGCCAAACGCUGGAUCUGUGGCUGCAGACCUACGGCGUGCUGCUGAACCAUCGGACACGUCACGAGUUCAGUGACGUUCUGCCAGUGGCGAGACUCUUCAAUAAGGUGCAUCCCGGACGCGUGAACCUGAGCCGAUAUGUGUCCAGGAACAGCGUGGCGCUGAAGACAAUCAACUGGCGUAUUUUCAAUGCCAGAGUGCUGAGGAAAAUGAACAUGGGCCUGACGCAAGCGGAUGAGGAUAAGUUGGCCAGGGGCGUGGAGUGGAUCCAGGAUGCGCUCCUCUACCAGCUGAUGCUGACAGCUGAACGUGAACGUGAAUGUCGGUUGAAACAUAAAUAGCAGGGCAUGCUGCUUGGAAUUUACAGGAUGCUAAGCCAGUCGAAUAGUGCUUCCAGUAAUCGACAGACUAGCUCUUGC